UACAAAGAGCUCGCAGAGAAUGCUUCACAAGACAAGCUUCCUUCUCCUCCUAGUUGUAAUAGGUGCCUUGGCCACCUAUGAUGUGGAACCUGAGAAUGAGUCCAUGAGUCCCAGGAAAUCAAGGACUGCCACUCAAAAUCCAGCUGAUGUGGCACGAUGUUUAAAUGGUGCACUUGAGGUUGGAUGCGGAACAUUUGCCUGUCUGGAGAACUCUACCUGUGAUACUGAUGGAAUGUAUGGCAUUUGCAAUUCCUUUCUCCACAGUGCAGCCAAGUUUGAUACUCAGGGAAAACUGUUUGUAAAAGAGAGCUUAAAAUGCGUUGCCAAUGGUAUUAUAUCCAAAGCAUUCCUUACUAUUCGAAGAUGCUCCUUGUUCCAGAAGAUGAUUGCUGAAGUGCAGGAGGAAUGCUACAGUAGGCUCGACAUGUGCACUGUUGCAAAACACAACCCAGAAGCCAUUUCUGAUGUCCUUCAGAUGCCAGCCCUUUACUCCAACAGGUACUUCAGUAACCUCAUAAGUAAUAUACUGGAUUGUGGUGAUGUAACUGCAAAUGCCAUCAAGGAAGCUUUGCUUGAGAAAAUUGAUCCUAACACAGCUAAGCUACUCCUCUUGUUUCAAGCUACCCACCAUUCAUCACAGCAAGGCACUGGAAGACGAAGCUCUGAGUCUGAGAAACUCAAGAUUUACUUUGGAAACCGUGGAGAUGGAUCUCUUCUAUCAAACAUGAAACGGAUCUCAGAUGACACUAUGUAACCAGUUAAGAGAACACAUUAGGGUAUGCAAUAGUCUAAACUUCUCCCAUAUAAAUCAGGAUAACUUCAUUUUAAUUGUCAUAUAGUAAAUUAUUCUACAAGGUGGAGGUAUUUCAACUGUUAUAGUUAAUAUAUUGUAUGGGAUGUAACUGUACUUUUUUUGUCCCUUUUUAAACAUGAAUAAUUUGCCAAAGAAAAUGGAAGAAGGCUAACAGAGCAAAGCUGAUGUGUAUUCUAUCCCUACACAUUAGUGACUCAUUUUAA